UGCGGCUGGAGAGCCAGUGCUGAGGUGACUGAGGCGCCUUCCGAAACGCGUAGUUGGGUCCUGAAACUUGCUUGGGUUGUGCACAGGAAGCCGACAACCGUGUCGAGAAUUGGAGCGCGCGCUAGACCAGUGGACUGAAGUCGGAGCGCUUGCCCCGCCUCACCUAGCAGCGCUGCAGACCCAGUAAUGGCUAUGCAGAUGCAGCUUGAAGCAAAUGCAGAUACUUCAGUUGAAGAAGAAAGCUUUGGCCCACAACCUGUUUCACGGUUAGAGCAAUGUGGCAUAAAUGCCAAUGAUGUGAAGAAAUUAGAAGAAGCUGGCUUCCAUACUGUGGAGGCUGUUGCCUAUGCACCAAAGAAGGAAUUAAUAAAUAUUAAAGGAAUUAGUGAAGCCAAAGCUGAUAAAAUUCUGGCUGAGGCAGCUAAAUUAGUUCCAAUGGGUUUCACCACUGCAACUGAAUUCCAUCAAAGGCGGUCAGAGAUCAUACAGAUUACUACUGGCUCCAAAGAGCUUGACAAACUACUUCAAGGUGGAAUUGAAACUGGAUCUAUCACAGAGAUGUUUGGGGAAUUCCGAACUGGGAAGACCCAGAUCUGUCAUACACUAGCUGUAACAUGCCAGCUUCCCAUUGACCGGGGUGGAGGUGAAGGAAAGGCCAUGUACAUCGACACUGAGGGUACCUUUAGGCCAGAACGACUGCUAGCAGUGGCUGAGAGAUAUGGUCUCUCUGGCAGUGAUGUCCUGGAUAAUGUAGCAUAUGCUCGAGGAUUCAACACAGACCACCAGACUCAGCUCCUUUAUCAAGCAUCAGCCAUGAUGGUAGAGUCUAGGUAUGCACUGCUUAUUGUAGACAGUGCUACUGCUCUCUACAGAACAGACUACUCAGGUCGAGGAGAGCUCUCAGCCAGGCAGAUGCAUUUGGCCAGGUUUCUGCGGAUGCUUCUGAGACUUGCUGAUGAGUUUGGUGUAGCAGUGGUAAUCACCAACCAAGUGGUAGCUCAAGUGGAUGGAGCAGCCAUGUUUGCUGCGGAUCCCAAAAAGCCUAUUGGAGGAAACAUCAUUGCCCAUGCAUCAACCACCAGAUUAUACCUGAGGAAAGGAAGAGGGGAAACAAGAAUCUGCAAAAUCUACGACUCUCCUUGUCUUCCUGAAGCUGAAGCUAUGUUUGCCAUCAAUGCGGAUGGUGUGGGAGACGCCAAAGACUGAAUUAUUGGAUUUUUUUCCCCUGUGGUAAACUUUUUUUAAGUGCUGCAAUCUAAUGGAGAGGACUGCUCCCUGGGGUUCUUCACAAGCUUCUUCCUUGUUGUGAGUGCCAGGACUACAUGCAGGAAAAUAGCUAUUAUAUCAGCCUUUCUAAUUGUGUAAAUAGGAGACAGGUCAGUAUUCACAAACUGAUCUGAAAUGUUUAUUCCUUCUGGAGCAUGUUAAUCUUUGUGAUUUCUUUGGUGUUUAUAGAGGUAUAAAAUACCUUUGACAUAGUGUCUUGGAAUGGACUCAGGGCUAACAGGUCUCCAAGAAAAGUAGUUGAAGAUCUGAUUUCUUCUUUCACUUUCAAAUAAUGAUAAAAUAAAAUGUCUGAGCUCUGUAGCCAAAGG